UGACAAGCAUACCCAAGAAGAUGGCGCCACCAAAAGUGCCCAAGAAGGCUGUCAAGUCGAUGGAGAAGCCAAUCGAGAAGCCGAUAUCGAAAUCGAAGAAGUUGAAGAAGAAAAAUUACCAGUCUUUCUCCAUCUACAUAUACAGACUCCUUCGUUCGAUGACACAGGACUCAGAUUUGGGGAUAACACGGAAAAGCAUGUUGAUAAUGAAUAAUUUCGUAAACGACAUGCUAGAGAAGAUCGCUGUGGAAGCCAGCAGACUCGUGGUACAUGGGAAGAAGACCACGAUGGGAAGCCAGGAGGUACAAUCAGCAGUCAGGCUCCUGCUCCCAGGAGAGUUGGCGAAACAUGCAAAUAUAGAAGGAAUUAAAGCUCUCAACUUGUACCACACAAGUCACAUGAAAGAUAAAGCGAAGAAAACUUGA